AUGGGGCCGGCCGGGCCGAGGCCAGGCUCCAGCGGCCGCGGUCAGGAGGGCGCGGCGCUCGGCCGGGCCAGGCCCGGGGCCCAGCGCGGGGAGGAGCGGCCGCUGCAGCGCCGCACCCGGCGCCCAGGCCCCAGGCCCCGCCGGCCGCCCAGGCUCCGCGAGAAGCACGGCGGACACGCCGACGGCGGCGGCUCCAGGUUCGCUCAGGCCGGCAUUCUGCGCCUUUCAAGCGGGCGGGCACCGCGACGCCGCCCGGCCCGGGAGGGGGCGUCGCAGUCUCUGCAGAAGGAAAUGGGGGCGCGCGAGACGACGGUCCGGGAGGGGGGAAAAAAAGCAGAAAUAGGCCCCGGACGGCUAUCGGGCGGCUUCCCGGUCACGAAAGUGCCGCCCGGCUCGGAUGGGAGGCGCGGGUCUCGGCCGCCGUCUCCGACGUCCCCGCCACCUCACGAGGCCGCGACCGUCGCCUCCAGAGUAGAGGAUCAGCUGCGGCCGCGGCCAGAGCCGAGACAUAACAACUGA